AUGGGGGCAUCGGAAAAUGUAUCCGAACUAGUUUUUAAUGAGGUGAAAUUUGACAACUUUGAGUCCUCUUCUCAUGAAGUUGUGCGAGACUUUGACGAUGAUCGGAUGGCUGUCCAUUCCAUUGCAUCUACUAAUUAUAUUGCAGCGCCAACCGUAUCCGCUUCAAAUUGUGCUAAAAACUUGCAACCAAUUGCGCUCGGUGGUUGCUCCGACAAGGGAGUCGGGGUUCUAACCAUAGAAACAACAACCGAGGCCGAUCAUGAGCUUGAUUCUCAUCUUGACUCGAAGUUUCGAUUCCAGUCCGAGCGACCAUCGGAUAGAAUCGUUUUCGCAAAAGCUUCGAAAGCAAAUCCUACAUGCCCGAUUCAGGAAAAUGAAGUUCGGAUGAUUCCCAAUACUCUUUAUGUGGAGUCUUCGCGAAAGGUUUUCAUUGAGUAUGGUAAGGUUAAUGAUUUAUUUAUCGCAAAUAAAAUUACUAAGCUUGGUUCACGAUUUGGUUUUGUUCAGCUAGAAUCCGACUUAAAGUUAGAUAUCUUACCGCAUUAUCCGAACGAAAUAUGGUUUGGAUCCUUCAAAUUAAGGGUUAACUUAUCGCGAUUUGAAAAUAUGGGGCUUAGAAAGGAACUUUUUGUGCUAGGUACAAAGACAAGUAGAGAAAACGAGGCGGACCCCUCGAUGGUGAUGAAGUUGAGAGAUAUGAGGCCUUAUGCGAAGUGGUUUGUCCUGAAGGAACAAAUUAUGACAAUUCGAUAUGAAUAA